AUGCAAAAUCCACACCUUCCAUCCACGAUUUCGCUGGGAUUCCGCCGCUGCAGCAGCAGCAGCGACAUCGAUGUUGGAGGGGUAACUCCUCAAAAACUGCAAAUUUUCGCACUUUCUGCUGCAUACCCUGUAACUGGUUUCGGUGGCAACCGCGAAAAAACGAGGUCAUGCCCAUCCUCCUUACCAACAUCACCACCACCACCACCUCCACUACCACCUCCACCACCACCACCACCUCAUUACCGUAUCUUCUUCUAUACAUUCUAUGUCUGUAAUAUCUCGUCUAGUUAUACUAUUUCAUCAGCAUCACGGACGGCACGCGACGAACAAUACUUGAUGGGGGGCGCAGAGGGGGGGCAGCACACCAUACCAUACAACCAUCGUCGGACAAGGUCGUUCACAAGGUGA